AUGGAGGGCAUGGACCUGACUGCCGCCUCUUCCUCGGCCGGCUCGACGCCCGCUGCCCAGGCCAAGAAAAAGUCUCGUCGAGGAACUGACCCGAACAACCGAAAGCGAAGAUGCAUCAGCACCGCCUGCGUCGCUUGUAGGCGGCGCAAGUCGAAAUGCGAUGGCCAGCUGCCCAGCUGCGCCGCUUGCUCCAGCGUCUAUGGCACUGAGUGUAUCUACAACCCCAACUCGGAUCACCGCCGCAAGGGAGUAUAUCGAGAAAAGGUCGACAGUAUGAAAGCCCAGAGCUCGACGCUGCAAAUCAUUGUCGAGGCCAUUUUGAAUGCCACCGAAGAAGAGGUGCCAGACGUCGUAAACAAGAUCCGAACAUGCGACAAUCUCGACGCAGUAGCCCAGGAGCUCUUAGAAAUGGGCGAAGCGGAACCCAAGGAAGAAGAAUUUGACGAGAAUUUGGACGAAGCAUCCAUGGCUUUCUUGCCCGUCUCAGGAGAACAAGAGCUCGCUGGCAAGAUGGGAGAGCUGCGGCUCGAAAAUGGCUCAGUGCGCUUCAUUGGCGGCACCUCUCAUCUCAUCUAUCUAGGAGACCCUCACCACGAUGGCAUCGAUUACGAUUCACCUUCUGAGCCCGGCAUUUGCGAAAACCCCAUCACGUCAUGGACCCGAGUGACCACCGAUCCACGCCUCAUCAUGCACCUUAUGAACAUGUACUUUAAUUAUCACUACCCAUACUUCACCACACUCUCACGCAAGCUAUUUUGGCGCGACUUCAUGAGGGGCAAGGCGGGCUUGGCACCAGGCACGGCAUACUGUUCUUCGCUAUUAGUAAACGCAAUGUUGGCGCUCGGCUGCCACUUCACCGAUAUCCCAGGCGCUUUUGGCAUCCCCGGCGACAGCAGGACUAAAGGAGACCAUUUCUUUGCCGAGGCCAAGCGACUCAUCGUCGAUAAUGACGAAUAUGAGAAGCCGCGGCUUGUAACCGUCCAGGCGUUGGCACUCAUGUCUGUGAGAGAAGCGGGCUGUGCAAGAGAGGCCAAGGGCUGGGUAUAUAGCGGCAUGAGCUUCCGAAUGGCUCUCGACAUCGGCCUCAACCUUGAAGUCGAGGGCUUAGAUAAGGAGCACAUGUCGGAGGAGGAAAUAGAUGCCCGGCGCAUCACCUUCUGGGGGUGUUUCCUAUUCGACAAGACCUGGUCCAACUACCUGGGCCGGCUGCCACAGCUCCCAAGGAACUCCUUUACCGUUUCCAAAAUUGACGUCUUCCCUGACGAAGAUGCGGCGCUGUGGGCGCCUUUUACAGAUAAAGGGUUCGACGAGUCUCUUGCUCAGCCUUCGAGGACACGAGCGGUUGCUCUGCAUUUGUCCAAGCUAUGUGAAAUCAGCAACGACAUACUCGUCUUCUUCUACCACCCAAGCCACAUAAAGAGGGCCAGCAGCAAAUCUCUCGAGCUGAAGAAGCUCGGCGAGCUCCACCAACGGCUUGAGGAAUGGCGGAAGAACCUGCCCAAGGAGUUUGAACCAAAAGAAGGCUUGCUGCCAAACGUGAUAUUGAUGCUCUCAUUCUUCCACCUCCAAUACAUUCAUCUCUUUAGACCUUUCUUAAAAUACGCCCCAGCCGCAUCACCUCUGCCAUCACAUAUAUCACCAAGGCGAAUAUGCACUGCAAAUGCCGGUGCGAUUUCAAAGCUGAUGAGACUAUAUAAAAAGUCUUGGAACCUCCGACAGAUAUGCAACAUUGCAGUUUACAUGAUACACAGCGCAUGUACGGUUCAUCUGCUCAAUUUGCCUGAAAAGACGGCGAAGCGGGAUCUGACCCAUGGUCUAAGGCAUCUGGAAGAGAUUGCCGAGGAUUGGCUCUGCGCGAGACGGACGCUAAGCAUUCUCAGUGUCUUGGCAAGAAAAUGGAAAUGCGAAUUACCAGAAGAUGCCGACAUAAUCCUCAAACGAACAGAUGAGAGAUUCGAGUACUACAGCACGUCUGAAGUUCCCUCUCCAGGAUCGAGCAACCUGGUUCCUAUUUCGCCUGUGACCUCAGAGGAAGGGGCAGUGCAAGCUCCCAGGCUCGAGUAUGGGCUUACGAGGCACCCAACUUCAGAGCCUAUAGCUCAGCCGGCCGUACAGACGUCUAUCGAGGAGCGGCUGACGAUGGACUCACCCAUGUCCCUGGGCAACAAUAACCCUCUUCCGGAUCAGCGAGGUAUGGGGAUGGAUGCCACGCAAAUGGAUUUGCAAGAUAUACUGGGAUGGUCGCAGCAACUAGGGAUUCCGUUGAACUCGCAGUCACCGGCAGCCCAGAGCCACAUCUCGUCGGACAUGGGCCAUCACCAACCCCAAGCCCAGACUUCAAACCUAGGCAACAUGGACAGUCGCGAGUGGCUGUUGAGCGACUCGGCGCGGCUACACCAAAGCUUCGGAAGCUGGGAUAUGAGGCAGCAGGCAGGACCUACAAACCAAAUCUUUCUGUUUAAUAAUGGUCGGGGAGAUGGUGUAGGGGUUGAGAAUCCGGAUUUGAGCUCCUUUGACUCACUUACCGAGUCUUUGACGACGCUCAAUGCAUGGUUACCAUCUGGGCUGGAGUAG